GUGAAUCACCAAUUUGUGUACUAGAUGGGAAAACUAAUGAAUACAUUCAUUGUGAAACCGUGGAGCUCUAUCCGCGUAAAUGUCGCAUGGUUAUGGAUAUGGAAGUAUUCAAAGAGCAUGCUGAUACUUUUCCUAUUGUCCUAGACAGAAAUAUACAAAAAUGUGAUAACUAUGAGUUUAUGCGUGGGCAUAUUUAUAAAGAGAAAAAUGGGUUGUUAUCAAGCGAUGAAAGGCUAGCAAAGCAAAAAGGUAAUAGUCCUACG